UUUCAGGACCAAAAUAAGAACAGCGCUAUUAUGGAGAGUCUAAAAUAAUAACGUAAGCUAUUAUGGAGAGUUUAUACCAUGAAACAAAUAGUCUGUUGCAACAAACACACUUUGAUUUGGGUACUUUGGAAGGCAUGCGAAAUGAAAGUGAUGCUCAGAAAAUUUUUCAAAAUAUUUACGAGCGGUUAAAGCAGAUUGAUGGAAAUUGUGAACGUCUAGAUGUAUUUGUCAGUAAGGAACCGCCACAUCGUCGACGCACUGUUAAAUAUAAAGUGGAUCAGUUGAAAUUCGAUUGUCAUUCACUGCAGUCGACGGUUGACAGUAUGCACAUGCGUAUGACCAGUAAAUGGAGGGCUAUUGCUGAAAGAGAAGAACUUCUUACCCAAAGGUUCCGUCCAAAUGACACAACACAUGUUCCAAUCGAAGAAUACGAAUUGUUUUUCCAUGAUCGUUUACAUUCCUCGCACAAUGCUGUCGAUGAACUUAUUAGCCACGGAAGCGCGAUACUGGAACAGAUUCGUUUACAAGGAAUAGGCUUGAGGGGAAUCAAGCGUAAAGUUCUAGAUAUCGGACAAACGCUUGGUUUAUCAUCGACAACGUUACAAAUGAUGGAAAGACGACUUAGUGGAGAUUGGAUUAUUUUCUAUGUAGGUUGCAUGGCUUUCAUCGUUUCCAUGUAUGUUUUUUAUCGAUUUUGGAAAAGUUAAGUGUUUUUUUAAGCUAGCAUUCUUUUUUGGAACAAUCCUUAAAGGGCAAUAUUUUUUUGACUAUUUUCCCUGAGAAAUUUUCCGAAAUUACUAAACAAUUCAG